AUUAAAAUAAACACAACAUACAUACCAUAAAUGUUAUUCUACUGGUCUGCACUUGCUCUGAUGGUUUUAAAGAAAGGAAUAACGGAGUCGAGGCAAUUCAUCAGUAGACCACAAGCUAUUCGGGGGUGUGACUACAGUCACUGGGGUCUAUAUAUUGAGAUGUUUUGUCCGGUGGCACUGGCUUUAUGUGAAUGAGAGAGAAGCUGCCCAGUGAAAAGUCAACACAGUAGGACAGUGCGCUUCCUCACUUUGACACCAUAUGCUCACAGACGCCACAAUGGAUUCCCGUUUUCGCGCACUUUGCAUGACUUUUGUUCUGGCAUCGUUCACCCGGAGGUCAGGUGCGGUCGGACCGGUUAUCAGAUGCGAGCCAUGUGAAGUUGGAGCGCGGCUUUUGUGCAAACCUUUACCUAAGGACUGCGCCGAGAAAGUCCGCGAACCGGGCUGCGGCUGCUGCAUGACUUGCGCUCUGAGCUUCGGCCAGCCGUGCGGCGUGUACACCGGGAGAUGUGGCUCCGGACUGAGUUGUCAGCAUCAGCCCGGUGAGACGAAACCUCUGCAGGCUCUGCUGGAGGGACGGGGAAUUUGUGCAAACGCUACUAAUAAACGACUUACCGCCAGACCAACACCUCCAGUCAAUGAACUGCCAGCAGAGAAUAUUGAGCCUCAGGACAAUGAGCGGAAUUCCACCGGCUCAGGCCUUCAGACCUCAUCCAGCACCCACAGACCCAUGUUGGGACCCCUGAGACCUCCUCUUCACCCCUUUUUCCCCUCUGUCAAGUCAGAGGUCCUCGGACGGGAGCAGCAGAAGAAAACCCAGAGCUUUAAAAUGGAGGAGCUCCCAGGACAACUUAUCAUAGACCAACAAAACUUCUCUCUGGAGACAAAACAGGAGCCUGAGUAUGGUCCCUGUCGGAGAGAGAUUGAGAGCAUUCUCAGCAGCCUCAAGAUUACAGACAUUCUCAACCCCAGAGGUUUCCGCAUACCAAACUGUGACAAGAAGGGCUUCUAUAAGAAAAAACAGUGCCGUCCAUCCAAAGGCAGAAAGCGAGGCUUCUGUUGGUCUGUGGACAAAUACGGGAAUCCUCUGCCAGGUUUUCAUGGGAAGGAGCGAGGAGACGCCCAGUACUACAACUCUGAGAGCCAAUAGGAGCAGGACCAAGCCGGAGGGAAGGUGGGAGUGAGAGCAAGAAGAAUUGUAAACAAAUGGAGACACUGAGGAUAUUGGGAGAGAGGUCAAAAGAUGGCUCAGCCGAUAUAUGGAUGUUUGCUUUUUCUAUCUGUUGCCUGUGGGACCUUUUUCAGAGGCAGAGCAUAAGGAACAGAGGAAGAGUACCAGGAGGGAAAAAAAGCCUUUGUGUGACAAAUGCUGUACUUUUCUGCGAUGGUUGGAUUCUUCAUAAGCUUUUUGUCUACAACUUCAACCAGGACAACUUUUGAGAAGAGGAUACACUUUAAAGAAUUUAUCUCAAAAGCCUUAUUCUGAAUAUAAAACACAAAGACAUUUGUCACAAACAUUGAAUGAGUGCGCUAUUCAUUUACGCACAAUUAAGUGGCAUUGCACACGUGUACAUGCUUGUGAUGUGUAAUCAUAAUUUGUAUGCUUGUGAUUUGUUAUAAAGACAUUGUGUGUGGUCACAACAACCAUGUAAUUUAUGUAUGCAUGAAUAUGUCCUUCGGAGUAAGCAUGCAGUGCCUUACUAUGAAUUCCAUUUUUUUCCAGUUGCUUCCUGCUCCUCGAGGAGUUAGACUGGACUGUGCAACUCAAACACUACAGUGCGCAUAAAGUUUUUUUUAAACUGGAUCUGAAGCCACAAGAAGACGGACAUUUCCUUUAGUCUGUACUGUGGUUGUUAAUGUUUUGUUGUCACUUUGCAUAAGCUGAAUUGUUGGGAUAAAGUCCACAAACUGUUAUCUCUGAUCUCUGUGUAGCCAGUGAUCAUUUUCAUCACUUCUCCUCGGUUUCAGUAAAUACUCCGUUUGCAUGUAAAAUGCAACCCUCAGAGGUCUAUUUUUACUUAAUAAAGGCAGUAUAAAAUUAUCCAGGUAUUUUUCUCCUCAUCAUGCCUUCUCUCACUUUGAGUGUGUAUGAAACAGACUUUUUUGGCAGUUGAAAAACACAUUUAAACAUGACCAUGUGAUGAUGAAAUAACAUUUUAUUGGAUGCACAUCCACAGAAUUACUGUAGAAGAAUAUAUACACUGAUUCAACAAAACCAAUAAUAGAAUAGCAGCAUUCCUGCAUAGUAUACACAAACAAUCUGGUCCACUGCAUAUGAACUCUCAACAACAAA